CACGCGGAAUGGGCUGCGACGACGGCCCUACUGUGUGUUUGUGUGCGUGUGUGCCCAGGCACCCACGCUCCCCGUUGCUCAACUUGGCCGUGGCGCGAAGUUUGUGUGUUUGUGUAGCCUUGAGUGAUGGGGGUGGUGUUGCGGGAUGCGUUGAGUUGAGUUGAUUUGAUUGGGGCGGGGCAGGGCGGUGAGGGUUUAAGGUUGUGGAGGACGAUGUAGAAGGGGGUGAGGGAGAGGGAGAGGAUGAGGGAGGAUUGGUGACACUGUCAACCAAUCAAGCAAUCGGUGGCUCGUCAAGAUGGUGGUACUGGAGUGUGGUGCCCUGCUUGGAGUUCGCCUCCUCUGCCAGGGCGGGGCAGCGGUGCCGCGCCUCGGCGCUGGGGGAGUUUCCAGGGAUGAGUUUGCGCAGCUGGGUGGUGUUCGGAUGGCGCCGGGGAAGUGCUGGAGCAAUAGCGGCAAGAGGAGUGGGGUGUGCGUGGUGGGGAGCGGGAGGAGUCGGGGACGAGAGAACGAGAUAGCGAAGCGGGGGGCGAGCUUUUGUGUUCGGGUUGCGGCUUCGGCUUACCCGCCCAUUGCUCAAACUGAGAAGACCUUUCGGUUGCCCAUCGAUUACUACCAGAUAUUGGGAGCUGAACCACAGUAUCUGGCAGAUGCUGUAAUGCGUGCAUUUGAGUCACGCGUGAACAACCCUCCCCGAGAGGGAUUCAGUCAGCAAGCGCUGCUUGCACGGCUUGAGAUCUUGAGAGGAGCACGUGACUCCCUCGUGGAUCCUGAAAUCCGGGCAGAGUAUAACCAAGGCCUUGCCGAAGAUGAAGCGGACACUCUAAUUCUUGACGUACCAUGGACCAAGGUCGGAGGAGCACUUUGUUUGCUCCACGAGGUUCGCGAAGUGGAGGUCGUACUGCAGGCAGGACAGGCUCUAUUGGCACAGCAAGAGGACCUCCCAACAACGUUGCACCGUGAUGUGGUGUUCGCUAUGGCACUUUCUUAUAUGGAAUUAUCACGGGAAGCAAUGGCUGAAGUACCCCCAGCUGUCGUAAAGAGUUGCUCGCUGCUAGAGUCUGCUUUGAAGGUGUUAAGGGAGGUGAGUGGAAGAGUUUUGGUCCCAGACUUGCAAGAGCAAAUCGAAGCUACACUGGAUGAGUUGGCCCCUCGCUGCAUUCUGGAACUGCUUGCCCUUCCUCUUGACAAGGAACACGAGCCUCAGCGAGAGCAGGGGUUUCAGGGAUUACGAACACUAUUAUGGGCCGUUGAUGGAGAUGGUGGCAGCUCUCCUCUGGCCGGGUCGACUCGUGAGCAGUUGAUGAAGGAGGCAUUUUCUUUCAUGACUGCUGCAGAACAGGUGGUCUUUUUCUCAACCACGCCUAGCAAUGUCCCUGCUGAUAGCUCUGAAGUAUACGUGGCGGCACUAGCGCAUGUGGCUGAGGGCUUCGCUUCCAAGGAACCACGUUUGAUUCAGAAGGCAGAUGCGUUGUUCCGCCAGCUCCAACAGAAUAAUGGAUCUCUUACUAAUAGUGAACCCUCAGAUUCCCAGUUUGAGUUCGCCUUCGAGAGAGGAAUUUGCGCUUUACUAUUAGGGGAGGUUGCCGAUUGUCGGACAUGGUUGGGUUUAGAAGAUGAAAACUCCCCUUUCCGGGACCCAUCCAUUGUGAAUUAUGUAUACGCAUUCUCAGAGGAAGGUGAAGAUGCAGAUUCAUUGCCUGGAUUGUGUAAAUUAUUAGAAGGAUGGUUGAUGGAGAUGGUGUUCCCUAGGUUCAGAGAUACGGAGUCCCUCCAUGUCAAACUCAACGAUUAUUUUGAUGAUCCGAGUGUGCUCAGCUAUCUGGAAGGAUUAGAGAAGGGCACUGGGUCGCACAUGGCUGCUGCUGCUGCUAUAGUGAAAAUUGGAGCUGGAGCUGGUGCCGCUUUGAAGGCUACUCUCAAGAAAGUGUUUCCAAUAUGCGGAAAUAAUGAGAGCUUCAUUACGAGUGCUUUCCUUGAAUAUCCAGUUGAGCUUCCGACGCGAGACUUCCAGCAGUUUGUUGCCCACAGGGGUACUGAUGGCGAUCCAAGUUUUAAUGGAUACGCUGUAGAUUUUGAGGGUGAGAAUUGGGAAGGCAGUGAGAACGAGCUGGAAGACGGUAUUCCUAGCAAAGCCAAGAAUUCAGUCGAUGACGGCUCUGUUCGAAGAAGCUUUGGACCUAUUCAAAUCGCCUGCAGUGGUCUAGUGUUUGGAGCUUUGGUAAUGGCGGGUUUGCGUUUCCUACCGCUACAUUCCCGAGUUGCUCGUUUGCUCGAAUCUUUCGCAUCAGUGGGGCAUUCUGCUCAAGUGCCCAAACCCAGCACUCCUGUCAUUUCCACGACAGGGGUUAGGAAAAAGGAAGCUGUAGAAGUGGAGGUUCCCAAAAUGGAUGCUAGGUUGGCGGAACGCAUGGUUCGUAAAUGGCAGGCAGCUAAAGCCCGUGCACUUGGUCCUACCCAUGAUAUGGCUGCUUUGCCUGAGGUGCUAGAGGGCGAGAUGCUUAACAGUUGGACUGACCGAGCAAGUGAUGUAAUGAGGAAUGGUUGGUCCUGGGAGUAUGCGCUUCUUAAUCUUACUAUUGACAUUCUCACCGUCAGUGAUGAUGGGAGGCGAGCAACUGCAGAGGCCACUCUGCAGGAGGCAGCGCACUUGGUGGAUAUAAAUAAUCCUGAGCACAAUGAUUCGUAUAGGGACACAUAUACCGCACGAUACGACCUACGGCAUGGAUUAAAUGGUUGGCGAAUCUAUGGAGGAGCUGUUUUGCGCACAUGAUUGUAAAACCAUCAUUGUAGUGGGUUGAGGCAGAAAACCUUGUGUACGCUAAUCGGAAUAGAGAUUUUGGCACUGAUGCAACGUCUUUUGCAGUUGAAAUUGUGCGCACAUUCUUUGGCUGGAAACUCUACAAGAAUUCCAUUCUCCACUGUACUUGGAAUGUUAGUAAACAGCUGAAACAUUACGGAAUUUGAACACUUCAAACAUCGACAACUCUUGAAUACAUGUGAAAAGUAAAUAAAGACAAGUAGCUGAUAUAGUAAGACAAA